AUCGAGCUGUCCCCUGCCUCCGCAAAGCUCUUGCCUCUUUGCGCCUUGCUAGCUUUGCUUCCCUCCUCUAGUCCUCUUCCUCGUCGCCUCUUCUCUGAUUUCUUCCUGGUGUUUGCCGGAGUAAGGAAGGCUAGGCGCGAGGUGGGGGGAGGAGGGCGCUGUGCUCAGCCAGAGGUCAUCAUCGGCGCUACGCACGCAAGCGCGCUGCCUGGUUGGCCUUUUCCUACUGGAACUGCAGUACUUUGAACAUGCUUUUUGCAAAUACUUGCAUUAAGGAUGAAUAAAAUGUUAAGCAACGACUGUUUAGGGACACAGGAGCCUCAUACAUUUUGCAAGACCACUGAAAUAUUGGAACAUUCACACCCUCAAGAGGUUACACCCGAUAAAACAGCGGCGGGGUCAACGCUAAUAAGUCAUCAAAAUGUGUGCUGCACUGCUGAAGUAUCAGGGGAAAACACGGAAAUCAUGGAAAUCAGCUUAUUGCAUGAUGAAUCUGAUGCAGGAACUACCAGUUUGCUACCACUGCCAUUGUUGUCCUAUAGUCCAAGAUCAAUGGUUCCUAUACAAGUACCAUCGUCAUCAGACCUUGAGAGUAUCCUUUCGCCAGAUCCAAUCUAUAGUGAUCUUCAGUUGAAAGAGAUAAACUACAAUGCUGCAGCAAUGGAUGAAAGCACUGAGUUCCUUCACCUGAUUCUUAGUGGCAAUGAUGAAGGAUACAAUACCACAACUGAAUUACAAGUUUGGGAUGUUCUGGACUUCUAUGUCUCAGAAAACUUUUCUGCUCUCCAAUUUGAUAGUUUGAUGGGUUUUACAAAUGAAGUUAGUACUUCCUACAAUGAUUGUAUGAAUUUAGUUGACAUGGUAGAGCGGCCCGUGGCUCGUCUGUCUCUAGAUGAUACACCAAAACCAAGUAACAGUGAUGAUGCGGUUCCGGCAGACAAUGUCGCAAUGGACCCUGAUGAGACAUCCUUAUACCUUCAGACAAAACCAACAGAUUCAGAAACAGAAAGUAGUUCUGCUGCAGGUGAUGUUGAAACUGAAUAUCUAGAUCAAAAGCUACUUUCUAGAUGUCUGCCUGAUUUAAUGGAUGUUGACUCGCCCAACCGCUUACUGAAAACACCAGUGAGAACAAAACAUGUGACUCUUGUGCUUGAUUUGGACGAGACUCUUGUACAUUCAACAUUGGAUCACUGCGACAAUGCUGAUUUUACCCUAGAAGUUUUCUUUAAUAUGAAAAAUCACACAGUGUAUGUGAGAAAAAGGCCUUACCUGAAAAUGUUUCUUGAGAAGGUUGCUCAGAUGUUUGAGGUCGUCAUUUUCACAGCUAGUCAGAGAAUCUAUGCUGAGCAACUUAUAGAUAAACUUGAUCCUGAUGGAAAAUAUAUCUCACGGCGUAUUUAUCGUGAAUCUUGUAUAUUCUCUGACGGUUGCUAUACAAAGGACCUGACAAUUCUGAGGAUCGACUUGGCAAAAGUUGCAAUAGUUGACAAUACUCCACAGGUUUUCCAGUUGCAAGUGGAUAACGGCAUACCAAUUAAGAGCUGGUUUGAUGACCCCUCAGAUCAGGAAUUGAUCGAGUUACUCCCUUUCCUGGAGAGCCUUGUGGAUUCAGAGGACGUGAGGCCAAUAAUUUCGAAGACCUUUCAUGACAAACUUGAGCAGAAUUAGUUUAGGAGGCAUACAGAUGUAUCAUCGAGUGAACCUGUCGCUGAAGUUAGCUUCGCUCCACAUGGUGCAGGCCAUUCUUGGGAAGUUAGGUAUAGGAUCAAGAUUCACCAUUUAUGUUAUGUUAGCUGUUACAAAUAGCAAGCAUAAACUGCGGGUUGUCGAUGAAAAUGGCUUGUAUAUGUAUGUCCCUUUGGGUUUCCGUGUCACAGAUCAUUGUACAGAGACGAACAAUAGUGCUGAAUAAAGUGAUCUGAGUGCAAUUUUGCUCA